AUGGACACCCUAUUUAAUCCAAAGAUCGCAAGCGCAAUUUUUUAUGUUUGUAACGAAGACGAAGCAGACGAUGUCGAGUCAAGUUCACGUGUACCUCGAAACAGGAGGGUUUUAUCACGAGAUCAUGCCGGAGCCGCGAUUCAUGGUUUUCCUGGUAUGCUUGGUAGUAUUGAUUGUAUGCAUUGGGGUUGGAGAAACUGUCCGGUGGCUUGGCAAGGGCAGUACACACGAGGCGAUAAAGGACAUCCCACGAUCAUGCUUGAAGCUGUAGCUUUGUAUGAUUUGUGGAUUUGGCUUGCUUACUUUGGCCCUGCAGGUUCGAACAACGACAUCAACGUCCUUAAUGAAUCAGAUUUGGUUGAUGAUUUACUCCAAGAUAGGGCCCCCGAAUUGCAAUAUACUAUUAAUAACGAAGAGUUUACGAAGGGAUAUUAUCUAGCUGACGGUAUAUAUCCCGAAUGGGCCACACUAGUCAAGUCUUUUAAAUGCCCGAUGGACCCAAAGACUACAAAGUUCAAGCGCUACCAAGAAGCUGCAAGAAAAGAUGUCGAACGAGCUUUCGGGGUGCUUCAAGGUCGUUGGGCAAUCCUUAAACAAGAUGCCUGCCCGCAUUCGGUGAACAAGAUAAAACGUAUGAUGUAUGCUUGUGUCAUUCUACACAACAUGAUUGUUCAAGACAACGGUAAUGCAAUUUCCGACCUUGAGGAGGAUUAUUUGUCUGAUCUAACUAAUAUGCCAAGACGUACGUGGGAUGAAAGGGUUGCGACGCAAAUGCGAGUCGUCGGAGAGAUACGUGAUAGAAGGACGCACCAUCGACUUCGCAAUGCUCUAGUGGAUCAUGUUUGGCACCUUCCGGAAAAUUACCGUCAACGUUGA